AUGGCUGAAGCUGGCUCUAAUUCAGAUGACUCAAAGGAAAUAGAAAAAUCAACCAGUCAUGAAAAAACAAAUACAGAAUGUGAAGAGGCGAUGCGGAAAUUUAUUGAAAUUACGGAGACCAAUGAAGCAUGCGCUCAUUUCUUCUUGCAGGAUUUCAACUGGGAACUCAAGGCAACAGACGAUAUCACUGAUUCUGUAACACUGAAGACUACCCACAACUCCGAUCCAAAUACUCCAGUCAGAAAUUUUGUACUUUCUGUCAUGUCGUGGAAUAUUGAUGGUAUUGAUGACAAAAAUCUUUCUUCUCGUUUCAUUGCUAUUUGCUACACUAUAUCGAACACCGCUCCUGAUGUUGUUUUCUUGCAAGAAAUGACAUCAAAUUUGGUAACUCAAAUUAAGAAGAAUUUGGGUGGCGAAUAUAGUAUAUUAGUAGCAAGUCCAGAUCAGCCAUAUUUCACGGUUGUUCUUCUAAAACCGUUUAUCAAUUUGGUUUAUCAUAAAGUUAUCCCAUACCCUACAACGAAUAUGGGACGAGCAAUGCAACUUGUUGAGGCUUCUAUUUCUGGACAUAGAGUGAUACUGUUGAAUACUCAUUUGGAAAGCACUAAAAAUGCUUUUGAAGCAAGAAUUUCUCAAAUUAACACAUGUUUCAAAGAAUUACAACAAUUGGAUGAUGGCAGAACUGUUAUGAUUUUUGGUGGUGACCUAAAUAUUCGGGAUGCAGAGAUGCCUACACUUCCAUCGGGGUUCAGUGAUGCAUGGAUUGAAGCCGGGUCAAAUAAAACGUACAAGUUUACUUGGGACACCCUUUUGAAUGACAACAAAUUUUCUGGCUCAGCUCGUCAUCGCUUUGAUCGUAUUAUCUUCAAAAGUGGUGGUGCGUUUUCGAACGUGAAUUUUUCCUUUGAGGGACAGCGUAGAAUCCGGAGCUCUUUAUGUUUUCCAAGUGACCAUUGGGCUAUUCUCACCCACUUUUAUUAA